AUGGAUGUUCACAAUGCUUUUUUGCAAGGCGAUUUGGUUGAAGAAGUCUACAUGCAGUUGCCAGAAGGUUUUUCCAGCCAGGGGGAGCGUAUGGUUUGUCGGCUGCAAAAGUCUCUAUAUAGACUCAAACAGGCUUCUAAACAAUGGAACAAUAAGCUGUAUGAAGCCCUUAUAUCAGCAGGAUUUCAACAAAGCAAACAUGAUUACUCGUUGUUCACAAGACGAGUAGCAGACAGGUUGGUUGUUGUGCUGGUUUAUGUAGAUAAUUUGCUGGUUACUGGAAGCAGUACUGAUAUGAUAGAAGAGCUCAAGUUAUUGAGGUCAGAGAAGAGGAUCAUAUUAAACCAGCGUAAUGGAACAAAAUAUAACCUUUCUGUUUUCGGACACAACAUGCUGAAGCAAGAUGAAGAAAUGGAUGCUAAGCGGCUAGGAGUGAAACAGGACCAACCAGCCAAGUUGUUUUGUGACAGUAAGGCUGCACUGCAGAUUGCUUCUAAUCCGAUUUCCAUGAGAGAACAAAGCACAUUGAGAUUGAUUGCCACUUUGUUAGAGAAAAAAAUUCAAGAAGGGUUCAUCACUGCUGAACAUAUUUUCUCAAGGGAGCAGCCUGCAGACAUCUUGACAAAAGCACUCGGAACACAACAACAUGAGUAUUUGACAGCCAAGUUGGGAGUUUCAAAUGUUUUUUACCCACCAACUUGA